AGAUGAGAUCCUGCACAAACAAGCUUAAUCGGAGCAAACAAGUAGUUACUGAGUUGCUAGUGUUUUGUUGUAUUGAUUUCACCAUUGUGUCCGUCUUUACACUGUCCCUUCUUUACUUUAAUCGUUUCUUUCGCUUUUAUUCUUUCUUUUAUUUAGUUAACAAUCAAAUCUCUCUUAAAUGCCUUCAUAUACUCGAUUCCUCGAGGAAAAACAAUUAGAAAAUCUACGUCUAUACAAAUAUGCAGCCAUAGACAAAUCACCUAUUUCCAAUUAUAUUUUGAAGCACUAUUGGAACUUUGCUAUUACUCUCUUUCCAAGAACAAUAGCUCCGAAUCUCAUUACUCUGAUCGGGUUGUUCUUCAUGGUGGCCAAUGUCAUUAUCAUUGGCAUCUAUUCACCAGACUUAAGCACAGACGCACCCAACUGGAUCAACUUUUGCUUUGCGGUUGGCCUUUGGCUUUACUCUACCUUUGAUAAUGUCGAUGGCCGACAGGCACGACGUACAGGUACAUCUUCACCAUUAGGUGAAUUAUUUGAUCACGGCUGUGACGCUAUCAAUUGCACCUAUGUCGCUCUAUUACAGACAGCUGCAUUAGGUUUGGGACACUCUUACUCUGCUGCUAUUUUACUUUUCACUACCAUUGCUGGCUUUUACUUAUCGACAGCCGAGGAAUAUUAUACAGGUGUCCUCUAUCUUGGCUAUGUCAAUGGGCCUACGGAGGGUAUUAUCGUUUCAUGCUUGGCUUUUUUGUGGUCUGGUAUAUACGGUGUUGCUUCAUGGCACGUGAGGGUGGUUGAAGUCUCGUGGCUUCAUUGGACAGACUCUUUCUUAACUGGUGGUACUACGUUUGCUGACCUAUUUGUGUGGGGAAUGGCAUUACUCUUCUUGGUUACUCAUCUCCCAGUUUGUGUCUACUCAAUUUCUUUAGCUUGUAAAGAGAAGGGACUUGAUCAAUUCGAUGUUUUUCACGAAGUCUUCAGUCCAAUUAUCAAAGUCCUGAUCUUUGCUUUUAUCUGGCUAACAUCGUCAUCAACUAUUAUAUUCAAAGAGAAGCAUUUUAUUCUAUUCGCACUUUAUGUGGGAUUCUUGUUCGGUGAAAUGGCUUCUGAUAUUAUUCUUGCCCAUUUAACAAAAUCAUCCUUCCCUCGAUUUUUUAAUAUGACUUUCUCAUUGGCUAUGAUGACGUUACUCGUCAGUCUCAAUGGGUUUUUUAGCGUGAAUGUUGUUGCUGAAUACAAUACACUAUUCAUUCUUUGCGGCAUAACAGUCAUUCACUUCAUGGUGAGGGCUGUACGCGUGAUCAAUGCAUUUUGUGAAUUCUUGAAUAUUCGUUGUCUUACCAUUCCAGCGUCAUCAUCAAAGCAAAGAGAUAGAGCCCUUGUACCUAACUCUGAAGCUGAACAAGAAGCAGAAUCACUUUUAAUCUCUCAAGAAGAAGGUUCCUCAUCUUUGUCUUCUACUAGUCAACAACAAUACCAUACAUUUUAAUAGCUUUAAUUUCCGUAAUGAAAACUAAUUCUUAUUACUAUUAUUUACCGCUUAAUAUGUUUACGGAAUACCCGCUUCCAUAUCAAUUAUACGUUAUUAAACCAUUAUUUAUUUAUUGAUCAAUUUUUUCAGAAAAAAAAAAUUGAAGAACAAUAACAGUUAAAAUAGGUGUAGAGGUAGAG